AUGCAGGAUCAGUCCAAAUAUGCUGCCGCAGUUGGCCAAGAGACCUAUUACGAUCUUGGCUCGCAUCAUCGAUCAGUGACUACCUCUUCAACAGAAACCCAACUGUGGUUCGAUCGCGGAUUGAUAUGGGCGUAUUCUUUCAACCAUGACGAGGCAGCGCGAUGUUUCCAACGAGCAGCGGAAAGUGAUCCCAACUGCGCCAUAGCGUUGUGGGGAGUCGCCUACGCAACUGGGCCGAAUUACAAUAAGGCUUGGAAGUUUUUUGAUCCAGAAGAUCGCCGGACUUCUAUUGCAAAGGUCAAUGAUGUCCUAGCACGGGCACGCAAGCUGGCUAGUAAUGCCACCCCGGUCGAGCAGGCAUUGAUCGAAGCCAUUGGCGCCCGCUUUCCCCCGUUCAUGACAUACCAGACGACUUGA